AAAGAGAAAGGUGGCAUCGUAUAGAUCGGUGUGAGCGCGAAGACUAGCAGAGAGCCAUACGAAGGUGUACAUGGUAUGCCAAGGAGCGUCUGCAUCGAGCUUGGUCGAACGAGGCAACCUUACGGAAUGAGUUAUGAUUUGCACCGCUGAAUGCGGCUGGCUCUGUGCGAGUCUUUAUUGUGUGUCUGCUCAGGCUAGGCUGGCCGUGCAACGCAUCGAUCACUGCAGAUGUCAUGGCUUAUAUAGAUUCUGGUCUGAUCGAGGGCAAGCUCAGAGGGCGGUCACCGUGAUGAUGGCAAUUCGGAAAUGACGAUGACGAAAUCGCCAUGAUAAUCGAUCAACGGUCGUAGCGGCCACCUCAACACCCCCGACGCAGGCCGUAUAUCUUUUGAGACCAUCACCCAGCCAGAGCAAUGGCAGAUCAACACUAUGAGGGAAAGCUGUCGGCAUUCCCAGUCGAAUCAAUCAAGCCCCAGGAACAAAAUAGACCAGGUCUCGACGCCAAGAUGGAUCCCAUGGCCGAGUUCACGCGCCUGGAGACUUAUGACCUCGAGACGAAUGAGCCCAAGCUUGCUGAAUAUAUCGGAUGCAACAAGCUGAAGGGGCGAGCAUGCCUCCUGACAGGCGCAGAUUCCGGCAUCGCUCGCUCAGCUGCGCUCCUCAUGGCUCGCGAAGGAGCGAACAUCUCGAUUGUGUAUCUACCAGCAGAACAGAAAGACGCAGAUGACGUCAAGAAGCAGAUCGAGGAGAAGGAAGGGACAAAGUGCCUCUUGCUCCCUUAUGAUCUCACAAAACGAGACAACUGCAAGAUCGUCGUCGACAAGCAUAUCGAGACCUACGGCAGACUUGAUGUUCUCGUCAACAACAGUGCGCGUCAGAAACAAUCCGACAAUUUUGCAGAGAUAGACUUGGAUGACGUCGAACUCACUUACCGCACCAAUAUCUGGACCAUGUUUGCCGUCACAAAGUACGCCAUGCCACAUCUCAAACGAGGCGCUUCGAUCAUCAACACCGGUUCGGUAGCAGCCGCAAUGGGAAACCCCUCUCUCGUCGAUUAUUCCAGCACGAAGGCUGCCAUUGCCACCUUCACAAAGUCCUUGGCGCUCCAGCUCGCGCCAAAGGGCAUCAGGGUGAACUGCAUCGCUCCUGGCAUCAUCUUCACACCCUUUCAGCCCACUUCGAACGAUGCCGAUACUAUGAAGCAGAUCGGUAAAGGUGAACCACCUCUCGGCCGGCCGGGGCAGCCAAGCGAGCUCGGUCCGGCUUAUGUCUGGCUAGCGAGCGCAGAGUCGAGCUACAUCACUGGCACAGUCAUUCACAUAAACGGCGGCAUCGAUGUGUCUGCUUAGAUGGCGAAAAAAGAGGUAUACUCUGGCAGCUUCAGGCAGCAUGUGUAGAAAUACAAAGCAUUCGUAGAGAGACACAAAGUGCUAGAAAUACAUGUACAGGGAUGCAGACAUCUAGAUAAUGCGUACUUUGCUGGUCGGCAUCGUCAGUGCCACGGACCAAGAUCUGAAUGCUCGCAGCCUUCUGGGCAUUGCCUGCAGGUGCCGCCCAACUGACGAGGCAGUGC